GACUGAUUUGCUACUUGCCUUGUAUUGAUAAUAUUAAAUACAUUGACCUUCGGAUUAUGUGCCACGCUCUGCCACCGGAAGAGUGUUUGACCAAGGACUCUUUAACUCUAACUGUGCAAGCGGUGGUUUACUACAGAGUAAUAGACCCAUUAUGGUCGAUAAUUAACGUGGCUGAUUUCAACAUGUCAACUAAGUAUUUGGCAGCAACAGCUCUUCGAAAUACUAUUGGGAGACAUAGAUUGUCAGAGCUUCUCGUGAAUAGAGCUGAAAUAUGUACUGAAGUUCUAGAGGCUAUGAAACCAUUAACAAGUAAAUGGGGUGUUUAUGUCAUAAGAAUUGAAAUGAACAAUAUAGCAAUACCGCUCCAAUUAAAGCAGGCUAUGGCGACGGAAGCCGUGUCAUUAAGACUAUCCAAUGCGAAUAUCAUGGUGGCUCAGGCCGAAAUAGAGUCAACCAAAAGUCUAGAAAAGGCUACGUCUAUGUUGAUGGACAAUCCCCUUGGCAUGCAGUUGAGAUACUUACAAUCUCUCCAAUCGAUCGCUGGAGACAAAACUCAUUCAAUAGUGUUUCCGUAUUCAAAAGAUAUGUUGCGCAGUCUGUUUGGUAAUAAAUAGCAAAGAUCAUGUAGCAAGUGUUAUUGCUUACUAUGUUUUGAUUAAUAUACGAUGUAUAAGUAGGUAGUAGGACGUGCUUACCUAGUUAUAUAGAUUUGUUUUGUAAGUUACUUGUAUUGUACGGCUGUUUAGUUACUUAUGUAUUAAUUAUAUUUUAUUACCUUCA